AAUUAGAUUUGGUCGGAUUUCUUAAACCCGAGCCGAACACAGCCGGAUCCUAAAAACCCUAAAUCUUUCUCCACAGCAAAGAUCGUCAUUUGUCACUCUCUUUUCUCUCUUUCUCUGUCCGAAACUCCACAAUUGAAAGCCCUAAUUUCCGUAGCCGUUGCAUUCAACAGCAAUGGGUCUGAAACUGUUCGAGAGUAGCGACUCCGAAAACGACGACGUGUCGAAGAUCGAGAUCAACCGCGAGUACGCCAAGAGGCUCGAGCACAACAAGAAGCGGGAGGACCUCCACCGCCUCCAGGAGCUCAAGAAGAAAGGCCUCGUCGAAUCGUCCUCCGAAUCGUCGUCUUCUUCGGACGAAGAAGACGACGAUUUCACCAAUUUCAGCGAGAGAGAUAGAGAAUUCUUUGAGGCACUGAUCAAGGUAAAGAAGCAAGACCCUGUUAUUAAGAACAAAGAUCUGAAGCUAUUCGAAUCGGAUGAAGAACAAGAAGAAGGAGAUGAGAAGGAAAUGGAGGAUAGGAAGGGCACGAAGACGAAGAAGAAGAAGGCAAUGUAUUUGAAGGAUUUGGUGGCGAAGCAAUUGAUAGAGGGGGGUCCGGAGUUUGAGGAUGAAGAAGGGGAAGAAAAGGGGGAGAGGAAGAAGAGCUAUGUGGAGGAGCAAGAGGAGAUAAGGAGGGAGUUUCUGGAGGCGGUAGCGGCGGAGGAUGGAGAGGAUGAUUUGUUCAAAGUGAAGGAGAAGAAUGAGGAGGAGGAGGAGGAGAACGAGAGUGGUGAGAAUGGUGAGUUUGUGAGGAAAUUGGAUGAGUAUUUUGGUGGGGAUGCGGAAGUGGAUGGGAAUACCAAGUUUCUGAAGGAUUUUUUUAGGAAUAGGAUGUGGGAGGAUAAGGAAGGGGAGGGUAUGGAUGUUGGGGAGGAGGAGAUUGAGCGGUUGUUGGAGGACGAAGAGGAGAUUGAGAGGCAAGAGGAGUUCGAGUAUCGGUUUCAGGAGAAUGCGGGGGAUAGAGUGAUGGGUCAUGCUCGUAAAUUAGAGGGGACAGUGAGGAAGAAGGCGAACGCGAGGAAAGAGCAGAGGAAGAGCAAAGAGGAGAGGAUGGAGCUGGCGAGGAUGGAGAGGGAGGAGGAGUUGAAGCAUUUGAAGAAUUUGAAGAAGGAGGAGAUGGACGAGAAGCUGAGGAGGAUACUGAGGACGGCGGGGAUUAGGGAGGACGAGGUUGUGCCGUUGAGUCAGAAGGAGUUGGAGGAGGAGUUCAAACCGGAGGAGUAUGAUAGGAUGAUGAAGAAGGCAUUUGGUAAGGAGUAUUAUGACGAGGAGGACGUGGACCCGGAGUUUGGGUGCAAUAGGGAUGAAGCUGAGGGUGAGAUUGAGAAGCCGGAUUUUGAGGAGGAGGACGAGUUGCUUGGACUUCCGAAAGGUUGGGAUGAGUCUGGAUCUGGUGACGGGUUUGUAGCUGCAAGGGAUAGGAUUUUGAAGCGUACUACGGAUAAUGGUGUUGGAAGUGACCAAGAAGAAGAAGGUAAGCGGAAAAGGAAGCGUAAAAAGAGUGCCCUUUUGGAGAAAGCUAAAGAGGCGAUGAUGGAGGAAUAUUAUAAGUUGGAUUAUGAGGAUACGAUUGGAGACUUAAAGACGAGGUUCAAGUAUACAAAAACAAAACCCAACAGAUUUGGAUUAAAUGCUGCAGAGUUAUUCGCGAUGGAUGAAAAUGAGUUGAAUCAGUAUAUUUCUUUAAAAAAACUUGCUCCUUAUAGGGAGGAUGAGUGGAAGUUAAGCGAUAAAAAGAGAUUCCAACUAAAAUUGAGGACUAGGGAACUUCUCCAGGGUGGAAAAGCAGAUGACCAGAAGGAUGGUAAGAAGAAGAGGUCGAGGGUUAAUGCUGAAAAAUCUACUUCAUCAAUGAGUGCUGUGGAAGAUGGGAAAGCACAAUUCAACGAAUUAAACGAUGACACGAGCAAUUUAUCCAGGAAGGCUAGGAGAAGACGAAACCUAGCUGAAGUUAAACUAUCACGCUCAAGGCUCAUGGCAUAUGGAAAGAUACCUUCUAAAUCUAGAAGUAAGGCAAAGCACUGAACAUCAGCAGUUAUUCAUCGAGGCAAUGGGACAUGAUAUUAACAAUAUUCAUAACAUGGAGGGUUAUACAUGAGCAAACAACAUGAAGAAUGGACGUAGUUUCAUUGUUGGGAUGGAGAAGAGAAUUAAAAGGUUUAGAAAUGCUGCCAAAUCUUUGUAGAUGGCAUGAGGUGGGAUGAUGAUGGGUUUGUUUGCUUUUUGAUGAGUUUGGGAAUGGAAAGCAAAAUGGAAAUGCAGGUCUAUCUAAGUUGGUGUUUCUAAUUUAGCUAUCUGUCUCUAAUUUUGAUCGAAUAACAUGAUAUGUUGCUCUUGACUUUGGGGUUUGAAGAGACAUAGUUUCAUAAUGUUUAAUUUAAUUUCUACCUUUACCCCCAAAUACAUGCUAACCCAUUUCCUUUCUUAUUUUUGUUCUUAAAUGAAUUUUAGUAACUUUGUUUA